AUGAUAUGGGAUGACCUCGAGAUGUUCUGGAAGUCGCAAGGCGACGGGACGUUCUUCGUAGGCGGACCGCCCACCGACCGCGGGGGUUAUUUCAAGAACUACUGCUUGAGUAUCGGCGCCUCCGUCACCAACUGGGCACCGAACAAUAGAAACAAGAACAUUACAGUGAACGAAGCAAACCGGCGCAACCUGAAGUUGAAUGGGCAAGCUCCCCCUCGCACGCCGAAGCCGUAG